CAAAGAUUUUGUACGCUGUGCAGUACCGAUAAUUUUGUAUUGGUUUGCUUUUUGCAGUGGGGCGUUGUAAAUCAAAACCAGAAGAAAAAAUAUUAGAAAUGAUGAAAAUUUAGCAUGGGAUAUAGUGCUAUAGCCUUCAGCAAAUUGUAUUCAACCUGGAAUCGUAUUGUUAUGCUAAAGAUGUUUUAAAGUGGUUGUUACAUUAUAACAAUCAGUAUUUGGCAUUUUGAAUUGAUUUCGAAGGAUAAUCUAAUUCUAAAAAUAAGUAAUGCCGGAGCAAAGUAAUGAUUAUCGUGUUGUAGUUUUUGGUGCGGGUGGCGUUGGAAAAAGUUCUCUUGUGCUUCGAUUUGUGAAAGGUACAUUCAGAGAAUCAUACAUACCCACCAUCGAGGAUACCUAUAGACAGGUAAUAAGCAGCAACAAGACAAUAUGCACAUUACAAAUAACUGAUACAACUGGAUCACAUCAGUUCCCUGCUAUGCAAAGAUUAUCAAUUAGCAAGGGACAUGCAUUUAUAUUGGUGUAUUCUGUGAGCAGUCGGCAGUCCCUAGAAGAACUUAAGCCAAUAUGGCAAACAAUAAAGGAAAUAAAAGGCACAGAGCUUCCAAAUAUACCAGUAAUGCUGGCAGGUAAUAAAUGUGAUGAGAGCCCAGAGAUAAGAGAAGUGUCCGCAUCAGAAGGGCAAGCCCAGGCUCAAACAUGGGGCAUCUCAUUCAUGGAGACAUCUGCUAAAACAAAUCACAAUGUCACACAACUUUUCCAGGAAUUGUUGAACAUGGAGAAAAACAGAAAUGUGUCACUUCAAGUGGAUGGUAAAGGCAAAAAAAAGAAAGACAAAGCAUCAAAAGAUGGGGGUGAAGCAUCUGCCAGUGGAAGAGAGAAAUGUAGGAUAAUGUAAAUAUGAGAAACACUCCAAUAAUAUCUAAUCCCACCAAUCGUAUAACAAUAAUUGCUAGUCAUUUUGAUCCUAGUCAUUAAAUCCAUGUCCCAGCUAAGUUAUUUACCAAAUAUAGAUUGUAAGUAAUGCCCAUAUCGCAUAUAAGCAAGAAGCAUGCAAAAUGUAGUAUAGUAAUUACAAUGCCUUUUAAAUAAACUUAGUUCCCACUGUGAUGGAGCUUAGAAAUCAUUGAAAACCUACAUGUUUUGCUAAUUGUUAGUUACUAAUUAUUUAAUAAUGACUGACACGACAAAGAGAUGAGGAACAUUCCAUAAUAUUGUUAGUGUGAAAAUACAACGAAAUUAAGUCUUAUAGGACUUACUGUUAAAGAAUUAUACAUACUGAGCUGUUAUAUAAAACAAUAUUGCCUAUGAAACACAUUCAUAAUGUGACCAGCUUUUUAUUAUUCAUUACACACUUAUCAAAUAAGUAAAUAAGUAGUUUUCAUGUAUUGUACAUGGUUUUAAUUUUUAACGAUUAAAUUAUCAGCAUAAAUAUUGUUAUCGAGAUGAAACCAGUUUGGUGGACAUUGUUUGGUGGGCGUUGUUGAUAAUGGGUAAUGUCAUUAUGGGAUGUUUAUGCAGUGCCAAAUAGUAGCAGCUACAUAGAAGCCUUUAGUUCAAAUUCCUUUAUUUGAAAGUCAUAUUGGAAAUAAGUAUGUUCUCCAGAAUGUAGCAAUUUGACAUCAUUGCAAAAUGGUAUAUGCUUACUCACUUGGCUUUGUCACUAUUUGCUAGAAAACUUGAAUCAACUUGAUAGAUGUAGCAUAAUGAGCUACUACAAUUUCACACAUUCCAUAAAUUGUGAUUUAAUCCCUAUAAACAUAGAAUAAGCACUGUAUUAAAAAUAUUUGACAAUAUAUACUUACAUAGGUACUGUAGCAUAUUCACAAUAUAAUCUCGCAGUGACAUUAUCGAUUUUGAUUAUAUGUAGUAUUUUUUGUUAUUGUAUAUGUUUACAGUUAAAUACUUAUCUAGUCAUUAUUAUAUAAAAAUAAUAGCUAUCGCUAGUUAUUUAAUGCACUUUAUUUAAUAUCACUCACAUAUCCAGUUAUAUAGAUUUGUCCACGAUGUAUAUAAGUAUCUAGUCGAUUAUUAUUGUACAAAUAAUAUAUUUUGAAUUAUGUGUAUGCAUGAAAUGUAAAGUUGCUAACCUGAUAGUGCAGCAAAUCGAAAAAAAUAUGUCUUGGGUUAAAUUAGACCAUACUUUUGUUCUGAUUAGAAUUGAUCUGUUUUCCUUCUGCAUAAUUUUACUAAAGAUAUUUUCGAAUGCUGUUGCAGUCGGAAGUAAAAUUUACAUAAUGGUUAUAGUACAUUCAGUUUAGCCUGUGAUGUACCUAUUUUAAAUGUUCUUUUAGUCAAAUGAAACUAUAAUAAAAAUGUUCAGUCACAGCAAGUGUUAACUGGGAUGCAAUGUUUGAAAAAAAAAAUGGUCAAGUACUAAACCAGUAAAAUUAUUUAAAAGAUAAUAAUGUUAUAUUAUUUAACAGAUGUGAUUGUUUCGAAUCAGUACUAAAUCAUAAGAUUAUUAUUAAUGUUAUAUUCUGUUUGAAUGUAUAUCUAAUGACAUUUCAAUAUUGUGCACAUAAGUUGAUAAUGUAUUUGCACGUUUACUUACGAAUAUUUGCUUAUUGGCAGAAUCUAUAAAGUAUCGUAUUUAUAGAGAUAAAAUUGUUGAACACUGAAUUGUUAUAGCUGGACCAAAGUUGUUUCGUGUUGAUUGACGUAAGUUAACAGUGUAGUAAGUGUACUUGUCUAUUUUUCGUACUCUUGUCUUUUCAACUAUCCUAAUUUUCUAUACACUUGGUACAGUUCGCGCCAAAUAAUUUUGCAUCUCUGAAGUUAGCUAAUUGAUUCCUUGCGUUUUUGAGUAACUUUGCUUGUCUUAAAUAGUUAACUUCAGAGACGCAAAGUUUUGGUGCGAAGUGUUAUUGCAAUGAACGCUAUACUGGAUACAAGAUCUGUAUACGUGCAACAGAUGCAAUCUUGUCUUUCAUCUAUAAAUAUAUAGUGUGCAUAUAUGAAUUUCUCAGUAAGCAUGAGAAUAAACUGUUUUUUUUUAGAAAUGCCUCUAUCAAAUAGCUAUUUUCUUUGUCACUGAUUACUAUCUCUUUUACUCUCUAAUUUGUGUUAAGAUUAGAAAAAGAGGUAGGUACUAACUAGCACCAGCUUUUCUGAAAUUUGAGCUUGGAAACCAUUAGCUCUUAUUUAAUUUUGUCAAUCAUAGGACACAGAAGGCAUAGUGACCCACUACCCUUGUGAAUAUAAUUACAGCUUUACUAAUGGACAUCAAACAUAUAGUUAAAAUAAAUAGAUUAUUCUCCUUCUUUCGCCCUGUACGAACUAUAUUUCGAAUAUUUGUUGAUAUGUAUGUCUAAAAUGCUAGGUUGGGUUAGAUGUAGAGUAAUUUGUAGUGGAGUUUCGCCAACAGCUUAAAGUUAAAUCACUAGCCUAGUAUUAACAUAAUUGUGAAGUCGAAUUAACAGAUCCCUUGCCAUUUACUAUGACUUGUAAGGUAAAUGGCGCUUCAAAGAGCAGUAUGUAGGUACUCGUCCAUUUGGAGGGUAUCUAUAUACUAUAUAUUUGAAUUUUUUGAUGCUUCCAGUGGCUUAAGCUCUAUGUUUGACCACUGGGUCUACCUAUAUACCUUCCAAUUUUCCUGAAUUUAAAUUCUCUUGACUCUGAAGUUUCAAUAAACUGUACCGUCUUUAGAUAUCUACAUAAAUUUAAAUAGCACGACUAAAGUAUGGAUUUAGGAAUCGUAGUUCUGGUAGCUAGAUUUUAGUGAAGUUCUAUAAUCAACGAAGGAUCAACAUAGUAUAAUCAAACAUAGUGUUUUAUAUUGUAAAGGUACAUUGAGUGAAUGGUAACAUGAACGAAUUCCAUCAUUACUGUAUAGUACCUGGAAGAGUCAGCUAUAAAUGAAAUUAAGCUCGAGUUACAUUUUAAGGCUCGAGCAGACCGGAUGCGUAUGCGUAACCAU